CGCCUGCUCAUGUGGCGGCAUUUGGGGAGAGAGGGAGUUAGAAAGCAUGGAGAAAAAGCGCUAAAUCCCAAACAAUUUUGAUCAGAACGAACACAAUACAAGAAAACAGAGAUGAACCAUAUUCAUAAUAGGGGACACCAAAAGGGUUUGAAGACGGUAAUGUGGAUGAUGGGGCUUUGCCUUGUGGGAUAUAUAGUCGCCCCUCCCCUUUACUGGCACCUUUCUGAUAUUAUAGUGGCUGCUCUUCGCUCUUCUUCUUCCUCCUCCUCCUCUUCGUAUUGCCCUCUCUGCCCCUGCGAUUGCUCUUCUCAACCCCUCCUCUCUCUUCCUAAUGGAUUGAGCAACAAUUCCUUUACAGAGUGUAUGAAGCACGAUCCUGAUGUGAGCGAGGAGAUGGAGAAGAGCUUUAUAGAACUAUUAUCAGAGGAGGUGAGGCUGAAAGAAGAAGAGGCUCUUAAAAAACAACGGCGUGUAGAUCUGGCCCUGCUGGAGGCUAAGAAAAUGGCAUCGCAGUAUCAAAAGGAGGCAGAUAAGUGCAAUGCAGGAAUGGAAACUUGUGAAGAGGCAAGGGAAAGAGCUGAAGCCACGUUAGAAGCACAGAGGAAACUUAGUGCCAUGUGGGAACUUAGAGCUCUUCAGAGAGGAUGGAAAGAAGAUGUCUCAAGGUCUCGUGCUUCUUAAAUGCCGCAUUGCUUUUUUCAAGUGGUUGAUCAAAAUUGUUCAGGCAGUUUCAACUUUGAGGAAUCGCUUAAUUUCUUUUUGUUAAUCUUGUUUUUCUCCUGCUUGCUUCUGAGGUCAUCCAAUUCAUUCAUUUUUCACUUUCGACUCAA